AUGCAAAUGGCUCCAAACACAAGAUUUGGCUGCAAGUUAUUGCUCCGUACUUUGGUGUGGUUAUUGUUGUGUACAGUAAGUAUCUGCUCAAUGGAAGAUAACAAUUCAAAUAUCAGCUGCUUGAAAUCUAUAAAAGAUUCCUUGGAUGACCCUCAUGACUCCUUCAAAUCUUCAUGGAACUUCAACAACAAUACAGAAGGUUUCAUCUGUGAUUUUGUUGGGGUCGAAUGCUGGCACGUUUACUCGAAUGAAGUGCUAAAGAUUCGUCUAACCAACAUGGGCUUGAAGGGCGAGUUUCCUCGGGGCGUUGCAGACUGCAAGACCUUAAUGGGGUUAGACCUUUCAAAUAACGAGCUUUCAGGACCCAUUCCAUCUAAUAUUUCAAGAAUCUUCCAAUAUGGAACUGAACUUGAUCUAUCCUCCAACAGAUUUUCUGGUAACAUACCGAAACAAAUAUCAAAUUUAAGUUUUUUAAAUGCACUGAAACUCGACAACAAUCAGCUAACUGGCCUCAUUCCGCCAGAACUUGCUCUACUAGAUCGGAUCAAGCAAUUUAGUGUUGCUAACAAUAAAUUAUACGGCCCGGUGCCUAACUUUGGUCCUUCUUUUAACGAGAGUUCCUAUGCGGGUAAUCCGGGGCUUUGUGGUUUUCCUUUAGAGCCCUGCAUUAAUUUUUUCAGUGAUUCCUUCAAGAGGGGUUUUAUAAUAGGUUAUAUGGUAUCUGUAUUUUCAGUUAUAAGCAUUUUUAUGUCCUACUGUGUCCCCUGGGUACACAGGAAUGAGAGGAAUAAAAUGCUGCGGCAAUUCAUGUUGAAUCUGAUAUUGAGUAGGAGAAACAAGGGAGAACAUUCUCAUCAGACAAGCAAAUUGGUACAUCUGGACCUCUUACAUGAAGCCAGCAGAGAGACUUCUAUGCUGGUGCAACUGGUUUCAAGAAUGAGCUAUGCGGAUCUCACUGAGGCAACAAACAAUUUUAGUGCAGAUAACAUCAUUGGAAUUGGACAAAUGGGGACAACCUACAAGGCAACCUUGCCCAAUGGUUGGCUUCUCGCAAUUAAGAGGUUGUUUGACACCCAAAAGUUCGAUGAGCAUUUCAUAACCGAAUUGAAGACACUGGGUAGAUUGAGACAUGACAACCUAGUUCCACUCCUUGGAUUCUGCAUAGAGUCAAAGGAAAAGCUUCUGGUUUACAGAUAUAUGUCGAAUGGCAACCUUUAUGAUUGGCUACAUCCUGCAGAAGGUGAGGCAAAAUUCAUUGAUUGGCCAUUGAGGGUGAAUAUAGCACAUGGGAUAGCAAGAGGUCUGGUUUGGCUCCACCAGAACUGCAAUUUCCGUGUAGUCCAUCUUGACAUCUGUUCAAAGUGUAUCUUACUUGAUCAGAAUUUCGAACCCAAGAUAUCAAAUUUUGGAGAGGCAAUGCUAAUAAAAUCAAAUAAUACUGACUGGAGCAGUAGCUUCUACAAGGAUACUGAGCUUUGGGAAUUGAGUUUUGUUAAGGAGGAUGUUUAUCACUUUGGAAUUGUGCUCCUUGAACUGAUCACAGGGGCGGAACCAAGUAAAUUGACCAAUUCUUCAGACACUGGAGAUGAAACUCUUAGAAAUGGGUCGAUUGAUCUCUCAACAAGUACUAAUUUCUAUGAUGUCAUCGAUAAAUCUCUGAUCGGGCGAGGCUUUGAUACUGAAAUCUUUAAGAUUUUUAGCGUUGCAUGUCACUGUGUUCAGCCCAAUCGUGAUGGAAGGCCAACAAUGCUCGAAGUCCACAAAACAAUAGGGGCUAUAUGGUCUCAAAACCGCCCCUGACAGCAUGCCAAGACAGUUGAGCUGAUGGUUUUUC